GAGUCGCUAUCACAUUUAGUUGCACAGAGAGUACGAGUCACGUUAAUGCAGCGGGUUAAUAUCGUUGAAGAAAAGUUAAAAAAUUAUUCACGUUUUCUACUUGAAGUUUAAAAAAUAGAUCACAACAAGAAUGAAAAAUUACGAGACAACAACAAGGAUAAUAACCAUAUUGAAUUACAUGGUGGCACUUCGAAACUUCAUAGAUCCAAGAAAACACCGACUCAAAUUUAUAUGUAGCUGGAUUUGGAACACGUUCCUAAUUUUUGUGCUUUCUGUUUUCGCAAUUCAUGCAGAAAUACAAAAUACAGAAUAUCACAUGGCGCAUAACAUAGAAAGCGUCACAUACAUGUUCCAAUAUACCACGCAUGUACUUGGAUACACAAGCAUAAUGGUCAUUGGUCUAUACCAAUCCAAGAACGUAUUAGCGAUGAUGAAUCAGAUCGACAAAGUGGAUGUACGUUUGAAGAAAUUGGGAGUUGAAAUCGAGUAUCGCAGUUUGCUUCGCCAUAUAACGAUCGUCGGAUCAUUCUGGUUACUAAAUGCGGUCGUAACAUCUGCAAUUUUCAUAAAGAUAUUAAUACAAAACCUUCUACCACCUCUGAUAGCAUAUCUUAUCUUUAUUGAAUGUUACAUAUCGAGCGCUCAAUCAAUUGUAUUAUACGACUACAACACAGCGAUUUAUUGGCUAGGAUCGCGAUUUAAGAUGAUAAACGAUCUUCUUGAAACGUUCCUUUUGGAGAAACGCAAAGUAAAAACACAGGAAUCCAAUACGGAGACCAUCUUCGAACCAAGUCAUAAUUUUCGAAAUAGAUUUGAAUCGAACGAUUGGCUGUCCGAACGAUCUUUAAAUGAUUCAGGGGUAUUUACGUCAGGCAGCGUUUCGAAUGUGAAACAAAAAAUCGUCCAAGAAAAAGUUCAUAUACUUCGACAAAUUAGGUUCGUGCAUCUACAAGUGUGCAAGGUAUCGAGGAUGGUGAACGAUAUAUUCAACGCUCAAAUAUUAAUAUACACGAUCACGACACUGCUAUAUUGUACUAUAUGUGUCUACGCCUUGUACAUGGAUCUUCAGAGAGGAUUUAAUAUUGUAGUAGAUCGAUUGGAUUUUGUAUCGUUAUAUAUGUUGGAUAGCGUGGUUAGUACCUUGAAGAUCGCUUUAAUGAGCUACGACUGCGAAUAUACAAUGAGACAGGCUAGCAAAACGAUAGGAAACAUCCACGCAUAUCCUGUGCACGAAGGAAACGCAGAAUUAACAGAUGAGAUCCUCAAUUUUUCUUGGCAAAUAUCGUACACGCAACUUGAAAAGACGAAAUCGGUUCAUUAUAUAUUGAACUAUGGAUUCGUUCGUUACUGUCUCAACUUCGUAAUAUCUUAUUUGGUGAUUAUGGUACAAUGGAGCCAAAACUUGAUAAAGAACGGUCCAAUAUUAAUCACAAACGAGACCACCACCUUAUACGAGAAUACAAGUGUAGUAGUAUAACUAUGCAUAGUUUUCGAUAGAAUCGUAUUGUAGAAUUAUGAAACACGUAGGUAAAGUCUGCAAGUGUUAAAUAGUAAUACAAUGCGUCUCUUAAUUAACAUUCCUCUCGCAAAACUGUCGUACCUUUUGCAAUCCUUACACAUAAAUAUGUAGAGGUACAAGGUACAACACAUACAACGUGACAAAAUCUAAUUAAAAAAAUCAUCAUUGUUUAUCGCGUUAAUGUAACUAUAAGAUAUACAUCUAGUAAUGUAUAAGAAAUGAUAGUAUUUGAGGACUUUACGAGACGCAGUGUGUGUGUACUCGAGCUUGAUUCAGUGUGAAAUACCACAACUUGUAUGUAUCGUAACAAAUAUAUUUAAAGGAAAAAAACCACUUACGAUGAAAUAAUAUUUUUAUUCCCACAUGAAUUACAAAAGUAUUCUUAUCUCUUCGUUAUUUUAGCAAAUUAUUGACAUCGUCAGUGCCACUUGUACACCUUCGAUUCCAGGUGCUCCACAUUAUUCUAAAAAAUCGGUAUAACUUUUUGUAUUGGCUAAUCAAACAUGAUUCAUAUUCUUAGAAAAACCUAAGGAAAAAUACAUUGCAUAAGAUCGUAUCCUUUACCUUCCCAACGGUAAUAUUCUUACUUUUGCGAUAUUAAUCAGACAGUUCUACUAUGCGCAAUUUCAUCCUAUAGACUAGUCAUUAACUAUUCCUCAUGACAAUUCCAUCCUCGUAACGAUAUCGAUCCAGAUACGAGCAGGCAAUUGUUGUGCUCGUUAUUACUUAGCAGCCUAUUUAACAUUCGUGACACGAUAAUGAUCCGUCAAAACUAUUCAGAAAGGAUGGCAAAGAAGUAGAGUGUUCAAGUUUAUCCACUGUUAAAGUUCUCGCGUCUUUGAUCCGCGAUGUUCAAGCCGAAAACUCUCAGGCAAACCAUAGUGCCAUCAUUGGUAAUGAAUUUUCUUUUCGGGAUGGGUAUCAGUGACGUUCUUAGCAAAAAGCCAUCGAAACUGAUAGAGUACGCGUACACCCUGUGUGUUUUGGUAGUGGUUAAUGUCGGUGGUAUAUUAAUGAUACCUUAUUUCAACAAAUAUUAUAUAAUUAGCAUGCUCAGCUUAAGUCGAAUCGCGUUCAAAUUACUGAUUUAUGCGAAUCUUUGGACAUUAAGCACGUUGAUCGUCGCCAGCAGAUUAAAUGCGCAGAAAUUACGUAGUUUGAUCGCACUUGUAGAAUCGAACGAUCAAGCAAUGGAAAAAAUAGGAUUGCCACGAAUGUAUCGUGCGCUGUUCGUGUAUCAGAUAAAGGAAUUCGUGAUUUACGGAUUUAUCACAGUCGUUUUCGUCGCAGUCACUUCCAAAUGGCAUUUUGCAACAGCCACGCCAACGAUGAUGAAACUGUGCCUUUCCUUCGUAGCCCACGUUCCAUUCAUAGUCAUCUACGUUUCCAGCGUUACCUUCGGCUUUUGGGUCACGUGCUUGAGGUUGAAGCUUCACCAACUGAAUCAAUUGCUUCAUAGCAUGUUGGCCACGAUGACAUCGGAAUCGUCAUUGCAUAAAAAAUUUCUACAGAUGAAGAACGAUUUUGAGAACAAGAAUUUCUGGUCGUUGAGGAAUGAACAAGGGAGCCAUGGAAACACGAACAAGAUAAGAUCGAUAAAGCAAAUGCAUCUAGAGAUAAUCAAGAUCGUGAAAGUCGUGAAUGACACAUUCGGGAUGCAGAUUCUGUUGCUGAUGAUCACAUCGGUUAUCUUCACCAUUACUUUCCUCUACAUAUUGUACAGAAUUAUAUGGCUGGAUCUGACCAUGGAUGAACUUAUAAAAGAACUGGUCUCCGUGAUUUGCUGGUUCUUAGUUUACGCGUCGCAAAUCUUUCAUGUGAAUCACGUUUGUGCUAAAACGAACUUAGAGGUAACAUUUAUGGGCGAUGUUAUUUGCGACCUGUACGAACCAUCCACCAGCAACGAAUUUCGAACAGAGAUUCGAAAUUUCACUCUACAGCUGAUACAAAAUCCGGUGGUAUUCACAGCUCAUGGAUAUUUCAACCUGGACCACACGUUUAUUCAAGCAGUCAUUGGAACGAUUACCACGUAUCUGAUAAUUAUGAUUCAAGUGGGCGAUGUGACGAAGUCACAAACCGUGAAAACUCCGAACAAUGAAUCCGAUGAGAUUUUAUUCUAAGAAAUCUAUUUCGGUGGUGGAAAUUGUACUCGACUUAAAGUUAAAUUCAAUUUCUUUCAGUUCUUUUAUUAAAAUCAUAUAAUAUCAAUUAAUAAAGUUACAAAUUGUUUUCGUCAAUUAUAAAUCGAAGUGUAAGUUGAAUUUUCCCGCAAAAAAUGAUAAAUUCGUCGAAAGG